AUGAGUCUCGUAGCGUACGACAGCAGUGACGAAGGCUCCGAAAACGAAGAGAAUGAAUCUGCAGGAACAAUUUUCGCAAACAAUAACAAUGACACAAUAGGCGCUAUAACAGUACCAACGAUCGUGAAGUUGUCUUUACCCGCUCCUAAAGUGAUUUCAGAAAACCCUAAUGAUGAAAAGGAAGAAGACGAUAAUACAGAGAGCUUUAAGAAAUUUCUCGAUAUGCUACCAAAACCGAAGAAUCAAGAUUCAGCAGAAAAUGCUGAAGAAGAUGAUAAUAUUCUUUUAAAGAAGGAGACACACAUAAGGGAUCAUGUUAUAAAGCCAGCUAAGAAACAGACAGUGAAAAUAACAGUGCCUUCCUUAUCAAAGUUUAAGGACCUCCAGGAGGAGAGUGAACAAAAGCCAAUGAUGAUUAUACAACCAUCAGAAACAGGUUGUAAACUCUUUUCCAUCUUGGUACCACCAAAAGAAGAAACUGCAAGCAACAAGAAAAUUCUGAUACCCCAAUCUGUUAAGACAUGCAUGACAAGAACGAAUAUUCAUCAGACAAAGACACUAAAAGAAUUUGAUACGAGUAGGGUAAAUAAUUCUAAGGCAGAAAAAACAGCUGUGAAUAAAUCACACAAUGAGAUAAAUUCAGAUGAUGAAGAAGAGGGAGCAGAUUUUUUUGGACUAACUUCAAGCAAAAAUGUGUCAGAUAAUUCAACUAUGGGAUUGUCAGAUCUAGAGCUGCGUUCUAAUGAUUUCACUGGCAAAAUGAGUGAUGAAGACACCAAACUCACAAAGCAUGUGGAAAAUAAUACAACACAUGACUCUUUCUCCACUAGUUCCAUUACUUUGAUAAAUGACCAGUCAAGUAGUUCAAAUAAAACAUUGACAAGCAAUAUUAUGAAUUUAUCUAAAGAAGAAAUUAUAUUGAAAAAUAAAGCAGAGGUCGGCCCAAAGCUACCUGUUCCUGAACAAGAAUAUAACAUUGAUACAGAAGGUAACAUAGCUUUCGACGAAAAGGCCAUUGAAUACCUCUGUGGAAAGCGAGGUGUCAAACGCAAAGAUAGAGAAAUCGACGAAGUAAAUAUAAUCGAGAUAAACGGGGAAGAUAUCAAGCCAGAUGAAAGAGAGUGGUUGGUGAAAGCGUUAACAGAGGAAUCUGUACAAAGGCCAACUUCUAUGCAGAGCUGUAGUGUUAAUUCUCAGUCCAAGAAGAAGCAUCAAAUUACAUAUUUAGCACAUCAAGCUAAAGCCAUGGAACUAGAACUAAAAAAUCAGUGGUCACAAAACAGAAUGGCACGGAAACAAGCAAAAUCGAAAUAUGGCUUUUAAAAUCAGAUAUAUAUAUAUAUAUAUAUAUAUAUAUAUAUAUAUAUAUAUAUAUAUAUAUAUAUAUAUAUA